AUGCCCAUCGCUCGCAGGGACCAUAGUUCUCUCCAGUUUCCCUGCGGUUACUUACACUGCGCACGUCAUUUCAAGUCUCAGGGAGGGCGCAAAAAACACUGGAACACCUCACACUCAAUAUUCGGACCAGCUCCUGCUACCACCAGCGUCUCACACACUGCUACCACCAGCGUCUCGCACACCACUACAGUUGAAGAGCAGCCUGAAGUACUGGAUGGCCACUUCUCAGCAGGUCAUGACAACAUCUCUGCAGGCGGUGACAAUUUUCCUGCGGGUACAUCUGACCCAAGUCAGGCACUUAAUGAGCCUGACAUUCCAGAUAAUUUGAACGCAGAAUUUUUUGGGCCGGGUGAUAGAUUAUACCGCAACUAUCACCCAAAACUAAAUGCUCGUCCUUGCGACGUGACAGGACGAUUCCUUGCAGAUGGAGCGCCCCCGACACCACCUCCAAUCAAGUCACCCGAUGACUGGGCUCCAUAUCGAAAUCGUGUCGAGUUCAAGACUGCAGAAUUUCUGUACACACGCAACCAAAUGUCUGCCGGAGACAUCAAUAUCUUAUUGGAUCUUUGGGCUGCAACCCUCCUCAAAUACAACGACAAACCUCCGUUUGCGGACCACCGUGAUUUGUAUAAAACUAUUGACGCUACGCCAGUGGGUGAUGUCAAAUGGCAAUCCCUCAAGGUCCAGUACACUGGGGAGAAGCCCAAAACCAAUGUACUACCCUGGAUGGACCAAUCUCACGAUGUCUGGUACCGAGACCCCCAUGAGGUUAUUCAGAACAUGUUGGGGAAUCCGGACUACGCUACAGAGAUGGAUUAUCGGCCCUACCGUGAGUAUUUGACUGAUGGCGAUGAACGCCAAUGGCAGGACUUCAUGUCUGGUGACUGGGCAUGGAACCAAGCGGAAACUAUUUCUGAAGAUCCGGAUACACUCGGCUCAACGUUUGUGCCGGUUAUACUCGGAAGCAACAAGACAACAGUCUCAGUGGCGACUGGUGCCAACGAUUACUAUCCCUUGUAUGUAUCAAUCGGGAACGUUCGUAAUAAUGUCCGACGUGCACAUUGUGAUGCCGUUGCCAUUAUUGGCUUCCUCGCUAUGCCAAAAACUACAGAGGAGCACGCAAAAGACUCAAAAUUUCGGAAAUUCCGUCGGCAACUGUUUCAUUCGUCUGUCGCCAAGAUUCUCGAGAACUUAAGGCCUGGUAUGACCACACCAGAGGUUGUACGCUUCGGUGACGGCCACUAUCGGCGUGUAAUUUAUGGCCUUGGACCAUACAUUGCAGAUUACGAGGAGCAGGUUCUACUAGCAUGCAUAGUGCGCAAUUGGUGUCCGAGGUAUGUUCCUAAAUUAUCUCCAACAUCCCUCUACCUUAAUGCUACUAGGUGUAUGUCACAUCCUGACAGUUUAGACACGAAGUCACUGUGUCGUCGACGUGACCAUACAGAAGCGUUAGUUGAAGAGGCAACCUAUGGUGCUUUGUGGAUGGAGUAUGGGAUUGUUGGUGACCUUGUUCCGUUCACAAACGAUUUUCCACGCGGCGAUAUUCACGAACUUAUCGCGCCGGAUAUCCUGCAUCAACUGAUUAAGGGAACCUUCAAGGAUCACCUAGUCAAGUGGGUUGGACAGUAUCUGCAACAUGUCCAUGGUACGAAAGAAGCGGAGAGAAUUCAAGCUGAUAUAGAUCGAAGAAUUGCUGCGGUUGCUUCAUUUGCAGGUCUCCGACGAUUUCCAGAAGGUCGGGGAUUCAAACAAUGGACAGGCGAUGAUUCAAAAGCCCUCAUGAAGGUCUAUUUACCUGCCAUCGAAGGUCACGUCCCAACAGAUGUGGUGCGCAUGUUUCGCGCAUUUCUCGAAUUUUGCUAUCUCGUACGGCGCAACAUCAUUACAGAAUCUACUUUAGGUCAAAUUCAGGAGGCUCUUGACCGAUUCCAUCAUUACAGGGAGAUAUUUGAAUCUACGGGUGUUGUCUUCACGUUCUCUCUCCCUCGGCAACACUCUUGUUCCCACUAUGUCCUCCUUAUCCAACUUUUUGGUGCGCCCAAUGGCCUUUGCUCCUCGAUCACCGAGACGAAACACAUCAAAGCUGUCAAGGAGCCAUGGAGGCGCUCGAGUCGCUACAAAGCCCUUGGUCAGAUGCUGGUGACAAACCAGCGCCUCGAUAAGCUCGCAGCAGCACGCAUUGAUUUCAAGAACCGCGGAAUGUUAAACGGCACCUGUCUGUCUGCCACACUCAAGGCAUUAACCAACCCAACGAGAAUAGCGCCACGGUGCCAGUACUCUUCAACGCUGAUGUUACUAUACAGGGUGAUAACGAAGAGGGCGAAAUUGACACAGUUGGCAAAGACCCCUCAACGCAAACGCGCACACACUAUACCCGAGCUAUCCACGGAACUCUCUAUCCCCAAUCUCUACAAUGUCCUCCGCCGCUUCCUAUUCGAACAAGUGUACCCAGACGACCAGCACCCUCCCUCUGAAAUCCCGCUUUCGAGAUGUCCUCGAUUUGAUGGGAACAUCCAAGUCUUUAAUUCUGCAUCUUCGACAUUCUAUGCGCCCAGCGACCGCAGUGGAAUUGGCGGUAUGCGCCGUGAGCAUAUUCGUGCCUGUCCUAUUUGGAGAAACGAGGCGCCCCGGUAUGACUGUGUGUUUGUUAACACAGAUGCAAGUGUUGAAGGGAUGGUGGGCAUGGAUAUAGCGCGCGUAAUGUGUUUUUUUUCUUUCACAUUCAAUGCAGUUUCGUAUCCAUGUGCCGUUGUGCGCUGGUUUGACAAAGCCAGCGACGGACCCGACCAGGACACUGGGAUGUGGAUUGUGACACCUUCGUUUGAUACUGACCAUUCUUUUUCUGUUGGAAUCAUCCAUAUUGAUUCUAUUUACCGUGCCGCACACCUCAUUCCAGUCUAUGGAGCACAGAUCAUUUCACGCGACAUCAAGCACCAUGACUCAUAUGAUGCUUUUCGAGCAUUCUAUCUGAACAAGUUCGCAGACCAUCAUGCUUUUGAGGUCGCAUCCUAG